GCGGCCCCGGCGGCCGGGCCGGCAUCUCCGCGGCGUCCCUCCGCUAGAGGAGGGGACCAAGCCAAUUCUCCUUUGCAGCAAAAAAUUACAUGUAUAUAUUAUUAAGAUAAUAUAUACAUCUGAUCUUAUUUUUUAAAAAAAAGUUUAUUUUGCUCCAUUUUUGAAAAAGAGGGAGCGUGGGUGGCGAGCGGUUUUUACAAAUUAUUCUUAUUUUCUGCUAUCUGUCCCCGUCCCUCCCCACCCCCUGCUGAAGCGACAAUAAGGGCAGGGACCGCGGCUCCUACCUAUCGGUAACCCCCUUACCCGUUCCUUCCCCGCCCCAACGCCCAGCACCGUGCCCUGCACACAGUAGGCGCUCAAUAAAUGUUCGUGGAUGAUGAUGAUGAUGAUGAUGAAAAACAUGCACCAUCAACGGCAGCAGCAAGCGGACCACGCGAACGAGGCAAACUAUGCAAGAGGCACCAGACUCCCUCUUUCUGGUGAAGGACCAACUUCUCAGCCGAAUAGCUCCAAGCAAACUGUCCUGUCUUGGCAAGCUGCAAUCGAUGCUGCCAGACAGGCCAAGGCUGCCCAAACUAUGAGCACCUCCGCACCCCCACCUGUGGGAUCUCUCUCCCAAAGAAAACGUCAGCAAUACGCCAAGAGCAAAAAACAGGGUAACUCGUCCAACAGCCGACCUGCCCGCGCCCUUUUCUGUUUGUCACUCAAUAACCCCAUCCGAAGAGCCUGCAUUAGUAUAGUGGAAUGGAAACCAUUUGACAUAUUUAUAUUAUUGGCUAUUUUUGCCAAUUGUGUGGCCUUAGCUAUUUACAUCCCAUUCCCUGAAGAUGAUUCUAAUUCAACAAAUCAUAACUUGGAAAAAGUAGAAUAUGCCUUCCUGAUUAUUUUUACAGUCGAGACAUUUUUGAAGAUUAUAGCAUAUGGAUUAUUGCUACAUCCUAAUGCUUAUGUUAGGAAUGGAUGGAAUUUACUGGAUUUUGUUAUAGUAAUAGUAGGAUUGUUUAGUGUAAUUCUGGAACAAUUAACCAAAGAAACAGAAGGCGGUAACCACUCCAGUGGCAAGUCAGGAGGCUUUGAUGUCAAAGCCCUCCGCGCCUUUCGGGUGUUACGACCACUUCGACUAGUGUCAGGAGUGCCCAGUUUACAAGUUGUCCUGAACUCCAUUAUAAAAGCCAUGGUUCCCCUCCUUCACAUAGCCCUUUUGGUAUUAUUUGUAAUCAUAAUCUAUGCUAUUAUAGGAUUGGAACUUUUUAUUGGAAAAAUGCACAAAACAUGUUUUUUUGCUGACACAGAUAUCCUGGCCGAAGAGGACCCAGCGCCGUGUGCGUUCUCAGGGAAUGGACGCCAGUGCGCGGCCAAUGGCACUGAGUGCAGGAGUGGCUGGGUUGGCCCAAACGGAGGCAUCACCAACUUUGAUAACUUUGCCUUUGCCAUGCUCACCGUGUUUCAGUGCAUCACCAUGGAGGGCUGGACAGACGUGCUCUACUGGGUAAAUGAUGCGAUAGGAUGGGAAUGGCCAUGGGUGUAUUUUGUUAGUCUGAUCAUCCUUGGCUCAUUUUUCGUCCUUAACCUGGUUCUUGGUGUCCUUAGUGGAGAAUUCUCAAAGGAAAGAGAGAAGGCUAAAGCCCGGGGAGAUUUCCAGAAGCUCCGGGAGAAGCAGCAGCUGGAGGAGGAUCUAAAGGGCUACCUGGAUUGGAUCACCCAAGCAGAAGACAUUGAUCCUGAGAACGAGGAAGAAGGAGGAGAGGAAGGCAAACGAAACAGUAUAGCGGCGGGCCUGUCUCGGGAGGAUGGGGGUCUGACUGCAUGCGGGGGUUCUGCCCGUGGGCGUGCAGCUGUCAGAAUUUGUCCGGAUGCCUGUGUCUCAUGUCCACCAUGUUGUACCUUGCAGAUACUGGGUUACUUUGACUAUGCUUUCACAGCCAUCUUUACUGUUGAAAUCCUGUUAAAGAUGGCGACUUUUGGAGCUUUCCUCCACAAAGGGGCUUUCUGCAGGAACUACUUCAAUCUGCUGGAUAUGCUGGUUGUCGGGGUGUCCCUGGUAUCAUUUGGGAUCCAAUCCAGUGCCAUCUCCGUUGUGAAGAUUCUGAGGGUCUUAAGGGUCCUGCGGCCGCUCAGGGCGAUCAACAGAGCGAAAGGACUUAAGCACGUGGUCCAGUGUGUCUUCGUGGCCAUCCGGACCAUUGGCAACAUCAUGAUCGUCACCACCCUUCUCCAGUUCAUGUUCGCCUGCAUCGGGGUCCAGUUGUUCAAGGGAAAGUUCUAUCGCUGUACAGAUGAAGCCAAAAGUAACCCCGAAGAGUGCAGGGGGCUUUUCAUCCUCUACAAGGAUGGGGAUGUUGAUAACCCUGUGGUCCGUGAGAGGAUCUGGCAAAAUAGUGAUUUCAACUUCGACAACGUCCUUUCUGCUAUGAUGGCACUGUUCACGGUCUCCACAUUUGAGGGCUGGCCUGCGUUGCUGUAUAAAGCCAUCGACUCGAAUGGAGAGAAUGUGGGCCCCAUCUACAACCACCGCGUGGAGAUCUCCAUCUUCUUCAUCAUCUACAUCAUCAUCGUGGCUUUCUUCAUGAUGAACAUCUUUGUGGGCUUCGUCAUCGUCACAUUUCAGGAGCAGGGAGAGAAAGAGUAUAAGAACUGUGAGCUGGACAAAAAUCAGCGUCAGUGUGUUGAAUACGCCUUGAAAGCACGUCCCUUGCGGAGAUACAUCCCCAAAAACCCCUACCAGUACAAGUUCUGGUACGUGGUGAACUCCUCGCCUUUCGAAUACAUGAUGUUUGUCCUCAUCAUGCUCAACACACUCUGCUUGGCCAUGCAGCACUAUGAGCAGUCCAAGAUGUUUAAUGACGCCAUGGACAUUCUGAACAUGGUCUUCACUGGGGUGUUCACCGUCGAGAUGGUUUUGAAAGUCAUCGCGUUUAAACCUAAGGGGUAUUUUAGUGACGCCUGGAACACGUUUGACUCCCUCAUCGUAAUCGGCAGCAUUAUAGACGUGGCCCUCAGCGAAGCCGACCACUAUUUCACUGAUGCAUGGAACACUUUUGAUGCCUUAAUUGUUGUUGGUAGCGUCGUUGAUAUUGCUAUAACUGAAGUGAAUAACUCUGAAGAGAGCAAUAGAAUCUCCAUCACCUUUUUCCGUCUUUUCCGAGUGAUGCGGUUGGUGAAGCUUCUCAGCAGGGGGGAAGGCAUCCGGACGUUGCUGUGGACUUUUAUAAAGUCCUUUCAGGCACUGCCCUAUGUAGCCCUCCUCAUAGCCAUGUUGUUCUUCAUCUACGCGGUGAUUGGCAUGCAGAUGUUUGGGAAGGUUGCUAUGAGAGAUAACAACCAGAUCAACAGGAACAACAAUUUCCAGACCUUUCCCCAGGCGGUGCUGCUGCUCUUCAGGUGUGCCACGGGUGAAGCCUGGCAGGAGAUCAUGCUGGCCUGCCUCCCGGGGAAGCUCUGUGACCCCGAGUCGGACUAUAACCCCGGGGAGGAGUACACGUGUGGGAGCAACUUCGCCAUUGUUUAUUUCAUCAGUUUUUACAUGCUCUGCGCGUUUCUGAUCAUUAACCUGUUUGUGGCUGUCAUCAUGGACAACUUUGAUUAUCUGACCCGGGACUGGUCUAUUCUGGGGCCUCACCAUUUAGAUGAAUUCAAAAGAAUAUGGUCGGAGUAUGACCCUGAGGCGAAAGGAAGGAUAAAACACCUCGAUGUGGUCACUCUGCUCCGCCGCAUCCAGCCUCCCCUGGGGUUUGGAAAAUUAUGCCCACACAGAGUAGCCUGUAAGAGACUAGUGGCCAUGAACAUGCCUCUCAACAGUGAUGGGACGGUCAUGUUUAAUGCAACCCUGUUUGCUUUGGUUCGAACGGCUCUUAAAAUCAAGACGGAAGGGAACCUGGAACAAGCUAAUGAAGAACUCCGAGCUGUGAUCAAGAAAAUCUGGAAGAAAACUAGCAUGAAACUGCUUGACCAAGUUGUCCCUCCAGCUGGUGAUGAUGAGGUAACCGUGGGGAAGUUCUAUGCCACUUUCCUGAUACAGGACUACUUUAGGAAAUUCAAGAAACGGAAAGAACAAGGCCUGGUGGGAAAAUACCCUGCGAAGAACACCACCAUUGCCCUACAGGCAGGAUUAAGGACACUGCAUGACAUUGGGCCAGAAAUCCGGCGUGCUAUAUCAUGUGAUUUGCAAGAUGACGAGCCGGAGGAAACAAAACGAGAAGAAGAAGAAGAUGUAUUCAAAAGAAAUGGUGCCCUGCUUGGAAACCAUGUCAAUCAUGUUAAUAGUGAUAGGAGAGACCCCCUUCAGCAGACCAAUACCACCCACCGUCCCCUGCAUGUCCAAAGGCCUUCAGUUCCACCUGCAAGUGAUACUGAGAGACCGCUGUUUCCUCCAGCAGGAAAUUCGGGGUGUCAUAGCCAUCAUAACCAUAAUUCCAUAGGAAAGCAAGCUCCCAGCUCAACAAAUGCCAAUCUCAAUAAUGCCAAUAUGUCCAAAGCUGCCCCUGGAAAGCGGCCCAGCAUGGGGAACCUUGAGCAUAUGUCUGAAAAUGGGCAUCCCUCCUCCCACAAGCAUGACCGGGAGCCUCCAAGAAGGUCCAGUAUUAAAAGAACCCGCUAUUAUGAAACUUACAUUAGGUCUGACUCGAGGGAUGAGCAGUUCCCCACUAUCUGCCGGGAAGAUCCAGAGAUCCGUGGCUACUUCAGGGACUCCUGCUGCUUGGAGGAACAGGAGUAUUUCAGCGGUGAGGAGGGCUUUGAGGAUGCCUGCUCGCCGACCGGGGCCAGGCAAAACUACAGCUACUACAGCCGAUACCCAGGCGGCAGCUGGGACUUCGAGCGGCCCCGAGGCUACCAUCACCCCCAAGGCUUCUUGGAGGAUGAGGACUCGCCUGUUUGCUAUGAUUCCCGGAGAUCUCCAAGGAGACGCCUACUACCUCCCACCCCGACAUCCCACCGGAGAUCCUCCUUCAACUUCGAGUGCCUGCGCGGGCAGAGCAGCCAGGAGGACGUCCCGCCGUCCCCCGCCUUCCCCCACCGCACAGCCCUGCCUCUGCACUUGAUGCAGCAACAGAUCAUGGCAGUUGCGGGCCUGGAUUCCAGUAAAGCCCAGAAGUACUCACCGAGCCACUCGACCCGGUCAUGGGCCACCCCUCCGGCGACCCCUCCGUACCGGGACUGGACACCGUGCUACGCGCCCCUGAUCCAGGUGGAGCGGCCGGAGGCCCUGGACCAGGUCAAUGGCAGCCUGCCGUCCCUGCACCGGAGCUCCUGGUACACGGACGAGCCUGGCAUCUCGUACCGAACGUUCACACCAGCCAGCCUGACUGUCCCCAGCAGCUUCCGCAACAAGAACAGUGACAAGCAGAGGAGCGCAGACAGCUUGGUGGAGGCGGUCCUGAUAUCUGAAGGCUUAGGACGGUAUGCAAGGGACCCAAAAUUUGUAUCGGCAACAAAACACGAAAUCGCCGAUGCCUGCGACCUGACCAUCGACGAGAUGGAAAGUGCAGCCAGCAACCUGCUCAACGGGACGGUGUAUCCCCAGGCUAACGGGGGCGUGGGCCCCGUCUCCCACCGGCAGGACUAUGAGCUCCAGGACUUCGGGCCAGGCUAUAGCGAUGAAGAGCCUGACCCCGGAAGAGAUGAGGAAGACCUGGCAGAUGAAAUGAUCUGCAUCACCACCCUGUAGCCCCCAGGGAGGGGCAGACUGGCUCUGGCCUCAGGUGGGGCGCCGGAGGGCCAGGGAAAAAGUGCCUCGUAGUUAGGAAAGGUUAGGCACUAGUGUGGAGUCCAUGUUCAAUUAGACUUUUGUACAAGUGAUGUCAUGCCUCACGGAAGCCAUAAACCUGGUAGGGGACAGUCGUUCCCCCGUGCCCAGCCCCAGCUGUGGGAAGCAGCAGGUCCAGCCCUCAGGGGAGGACCCGUGAGGAGGUGGGACAAGCCCUGCCCGCUUGUCCAGGGCACCCCCGGGGCUCUCCCCUGCGCCCACCCACCUGCUGGCACGGUGGGGAAGGUCAAGGUGAUGACGAUCACCACACCUGUGUCAUUACCUCAGCCAUCGGUCUAGCAUAUCAGACAUUCACUGGGCCCAGCAUAUCCAUUUUUAAACCCUUUCCUCCCAAACAUACUGCUUCCCGGUUUCUGUUUAGCUGUUCUGAAAUACAGUGUGUGAAUCAGGACCUACCUACCAGCCGUCAUCUGGAGAGGGGAGCAGGACCUUAGACACGAGGUUUUCUGUUAUGUGACCCCAGUUUACAAGAAAGAGUGUCACUCAGUCGGUUUCUGACUGUCAGCUCAAGGGCAACUGUAAACUGGAAUAAUCAUGCACUCGCAACCAGGUAAACUUAGAUACGCUAGUUUGUUUAAAAAUUAUAGAUUUACUGUACAUGACUUGUAAUAUACUAUAAUUUGUAUUUGUAAAGAGAUGGUCUAUAUUUUGUAAUUAUUGUACCGUAUUUGAACUGCAGCAAUAUCCAUGGGUCCUAAUAAUUGUAGUUCCCCACUGAAAUCUAGGUAUUAUUAGCAUUUUUACUCGGGCUGUACAGAAGUAGGAGAAAUAGAGCCAAUUCUCAUCUAUUCCGUGAAAAUCUUUUGGAGAUGAAAUUUUAAGUUCAAAAGAACUUGACACUAUAGAGAUUUUUUCUAAAAAUAUUUUGAGUCACUCUAAAUCUACCUUUACACAAGAUAUACCAGAUGACUCCUUAACAACCUUUGCUUUGGGCAAGAGUUCCAGGAUUUGACAGUGUACCUUUGGUCCACCGCAGGCCGCACCUGUCUUUGAUUUUACUGACCCUCUGCUAAGCUCGUCCCAUCGGUCGAGCUGGUUCCUCUGACCCUGUGGCAUUCACAGCGGCAUCCCCGCUGCCCCCACAAGACCUAUUUUGCAUCUCUGGUGUAGAAAGAAUCGAACAGGGGAAUGAAGUUCCUCUGCCCUCGCUCCCUGAGGAUGGAUGCUACUGCUGGUCUUAAAUAGGGGUGCUGGGGAAGGGGGGCGGAGGGGCAAAGCCGUGAUCUGCAGGAUUAGAACGUCGGGUCUGUCCAAGUCGUAUUGUUGCCUUUUUACACAACACUGCUGUACUGUGUGUUCUCUUUGAGGGCUUUUAUAUGCAACUGAAUGAGGGCUGAAGUUUUCAUUAGAACGUACGCACACUCUGGCUGUGCUUCCUGAUGAAAACCCACUUUUGGACCACGAGACCCACCAAGGCUUCCCUUCCUGUUCAAGGAAUCAUGCCGACUUUGUCAAGUUACCUUGGCAGGGAUUCCCUGAGGUCAAAAAAAAAAAAAAAAA